AACAAUUGAAAAACAAAAUCCGUGUUUGUUUUACUGCAGGAGGAUUGUGUUCAUGCACAGUGUGAUAUUUCAGUGUCUGAGAAGCAGUGAGUGAGAUAGCAGUGAUCAACAAUAAUCUUAAUUCCCAGCCCAGCAUAUCUGAGUUUAAGGAAAGAAAAGGGCAUAAAUGAUCAAACAAAGGAAUUACUUCAAAGAGGAAUUGUAAGGCAAAAGUCUCACUUAAAUGUAAAGGUACUCAAGUUCUCACACUGGUGUUUUUCUUUGAAAAGAAGAUUUAAACUUUUAAAACCAGAAGCUGCUUUUCAGAGAACAUAAACAGGGAGUGAGAGGAGGGGAUAAACUAAAAUAACUGAAGCAGUGAUGAAGGACUCAACUCUGUGUCUUUUCAAAGAGCAGUGUGGAAAUCUUUUCUGUUGAAAGCCCCCAAGCAGCCACUGAUCUGGCUUUUGACUAAACAAAUGGAUUUCUGUGAGGAAGAAGCAACCCUGAAACUUCCUGUGGCUCUGGGCUGACUGAGAAGUGAGGGGUGCAGGGGCUGGGCCUCAGGAGUGUGAUCUGACCAGAAUGAACCUGGCUGGAGGUUUAAUUGAACACGUGGCUCCCUGGGGAGGUGCAGAGGAGGCGCUGCAGGGCAGGGGAAGCUGCCGUGCAGAUACAGACCCUGGACUGAGCUUUGCUGCUUAUCAGAUACCAGCUCUUCAGUCCUACUGCACAUCACAUCUGGUCCCAAGCAGGAGGAACAGCACUUGUCCAUGUAGAAUGUUCAGUGAAGCUCCUGAAGGAGAGGGAGUUCUGCCAUCUCGGUUUGGACUCUGUGGUCUUCUUGGGUCCCUUCCAGCUCAGAAUAUCCAGUGAUUCUGUGACCCCACAUGACCCUGGUGUAGCUGCCCAGGAGGGGUUUCUUGCAUGUGCCUCUGCCACUUUAAAUCACCACUAAGGACUGCUGCCCCAACUUUGGAUCUUUGUUGGAGGCUCUUCCUGUUGACUUCAAACACAUCUGGGACAGCCCCUGCCUCACAGUUCCCCUUUCCACCACUGCUGAACUUCUGUUGAUGCCACCAGGCCUCAGCCAGCAGGGGCCAUGCGAUGCUCCCUGAAACGCUCCCUCACAGCUCUGCUUGCUGCCUCCUUCGUCGUCCUCCUCCUCUUGCUCCUCCAUGGGGACAGCCAGCAGGAACAGGAUCCCCUGGAGGUGGAGCUCAGGGGCCUGGCUCCCGACAUGAUCCUGCUGCAGCCGGAGGGAGCCCAGCACAUCCUCAGGGACACAGCUGAGCUCUCUGCACUCCACAACGUCUCCUACCAGCUCCUUGCUGGCUCCCUGACUCCCCGAAAAAAAUUCCUGGCUGUGGGAAUGGCGUCCGUGCAGAGGCCACGUGGUUUCUACCUCCUGGCCACGCUCCAGUCCCUCUUCAGCCAGUCCACGGAGGAGGAGCUGCAGGAGAUGGUGGUGGUGGUGCACCUGGCUGACACUGAUCCUGGCUGGAACGUGCGCGUUGCCGCCACCGUCGCCCAGAAGUUUGCUCGCCACAUCCUCCUGGGCCAGCUCCUGCUGAUCCACGCUCCCCCUGAGUUCUACCCCACCCUGGAAGGCCUGAAGAGAAACUUCAAUGAUGCAGAGGAGCGGGUGAGGUUCCGCUCAAAGCAGAAUGUGGACUAUGCCUUCCUGCUUGCCUUCGCUGCCAACCUCUCCUCCUACUACCUGAUGAUCGAGGACGACGUGUGGAGCGCCAAGUCCUUCCUGACGGCCAUCCGCAAGGCACUGGCUUCCCAGGAGGGCUCCAACUGGGCCACCCUCGAAUUCUCCAAGCUGGGCUACAUCGGAAAGCUCUACCACUCCAGUGACCUUCCUCGUCUUGCUCACUUCCUCCUCCUCUUCUACCAGGAAAUGCCCUGUGACUGGCUGUUGGUCCACUUCCGCCAACUGCUCACCCAGAAGGACGUGAUCCGCUUCAAGCCAUCCCUCUUCCAGCACAUGGGCCUCUACUCUUCCUUCCAGGGCACUGUCAACCGGCUGGAGGACGAGGAUUUCCAGGCCAAUGCCUUGGACGUCCCAGACAACCCGCCGGCAUCCCUGUACACCAGCAUGUCUAUCUUCGAGAACUAUGAGCCCCUCAAGGCCUACAGCUCGGCACAGGGGUACUUUUGGGGCAAAGACCCAGCAGCUGGCAGUACCUUUUCCAUUGUGUUCCAGCAGCCAGCUCGAGUCAGCCGUGUCCGAGUGCGCACGGGUUCCGUGGAGCGCCCAGGCGAUUUCCUGCACGCAGGACUGCUGGAGCUGGGCCAGCAUCGGGACCGCAGGCAGGACUGCUCCUCCUAUGUCCCUGUGGGUUCCUUCAAGAAGGGGACCCUGGAGCAGCAAGGCCUGGAGAGGGUCCUGCCCGGGCCCGUGGAGUGUGUGAGGAUCCGGGUGACUCAGGACCAGAGCGAGUGGCUCAUCAUCCAGAGCAUCGAUAUCUGGACCACAGCAGGCAUUUGAGCACAACACCUGUGGGAGGAUGUCAAAGCAGUUGGAUUUGGUUCUAAGAAGUCAUUUAUUUUUCACAUUCCCUUUCUGGAUAAAAAUUUAAGUUAUUGACUCCCACUGCCCUGUGUCUGGAGAGAUGGGAAAAACUGCUGUGGGCUGUGGAUAGGUCUAGGAGUAGGGCCCAUCAGGAUCUGCCUCCUGGGGGAUGGCCCAGUGAGCCAGAGAGGGGACACAGGAAGGGGAAGGAGCUCAGGAAUUCAAGGCUGGGCAGUACAAAACCUUUCCUCCCAAGGAGGAUGAUAUAUAAGGCAAAGCUGAUCAGCUGAUUAACUAUCCAAGUAAUUAGUCAGGCAGUAGUACUUUUUGCAGCCUCUCCACACUUUACCUGCUGUAAGUUUUCUAACUUUUUCCAAAACUCUUGA